AUGAAGGUAGUUGGUUUCAUCAUUUGUGCUGCUGCCUUCGCGGCGGGUCUCAAGGUCGAGCCUCUGUCCGCGGGAGCCGCGGUUGAACGGAGCACUCGGCAGUCACGUUGGACCGGCACUGUUCGCCAAACGAGCGCGGACGUUUACAAAGUAAGUGUUAAUGACCGUAGCACGGUUCCCCAGAACGCUGUCGCCAGCGACGUGGGCAAGGACAGAAGUGAGGACAAGGACAGCAGCGAGAUCACGGAGAGCGACUCAGCCGCAGAUCUGGACAGCGUGUUUGCUUCCCACACGGCCGACGUGGCACUGCAGAGCAUUCGGCAGGAGUUGGUGGAGACGGGUUUCGGCGCGUACUUGUGGGAGAACUUGCUGAACAUGGACAAGGUUCCCUCUGCGCUUGAAGACAUGUACCUGUUCAAAGACACCAAACUGAAUGGCUUUUCUCUUGCCAGCCAGUUUAUUGCGUCGGGCACGUACGACAACGUCUUGAAGGACGCGGAGGAGCUGAGCUCGCCGUUGCUCGAGUGGCUGGAGUUGGCGAACGCCUCUGUGGGUCGUUUGGUGAACGAUAUAAACGAGUUUAACGGUGCUGUGUUGAGGCAGAACAAGACCGAGAUGGCGCAGAGUGUGAAGGCGUUGAUCAAGCGCUACAUAUUGGGCUACAACCACGUUUCCGGCUCCUUGACCCCCAACACGGGUGUGUCCGGCAAUCUAGUAGACGGGUGGUUCAAGUACUACAUGGCCAAAGCUUAUGUGCAGCUAACUACGGGCACGGACAGUACGCUUAACUUCGAAGAUUUCCUCGAACAAGGCUUGACGGCCGAAGACAAGGCGCUGCUAGAGAAGCUGCUCGCUAAAAUCCAGGACAUGGACGCAGACGCGAUCUGGAAGGCCCUGUGGACCCCGAACGACGACCUUCCUAUACUAAACCCCGGCAGCACCAUGCUGCCUACCAUGAAGGCGCUCAAACUGGCCUCAUUCGCUGGCGGCCAGCCGUUAUGCAUGCCAGACAACUGCGAAGACGGCACGCUUGCCGACGAUUCUCUGUGGUCGAUUUUCUCUGAAGGAGAAUGGCUCAAACCAGUGAUAGACGAAGAAAGCUACUCGCUCAACAUCACAGACAUUGAGCCUUCUCUGGGAAAAUUGUACAAGCAUAUCGCCGGCCAGAUACCGACCCAGAAACUGCGCGAACAGGCAACCCAAAAGCAAGACCACAAGUUAAGAUUCUCGUGGUAUCCCGAAGAUGAUCUGGAAGAAAUGAGAGGGGAGGAGGUUGUUUGCUUAAGUUCUAUGGAGUGGUGGCGGCGGUGCUUCGAGUUCGAUUUGGAACACGGCAUGACCCCUGAUGAGUUUUUUACGAAGUGGUUCCAUAGAGCAGGCAUCUACUUUGAUUAA